AUGGACGUCGGCGAGACCUCCACCACCAACGGCAGCAACAACGGCACCGAGCAGACCACCACAACUCCAGAACUUACCAGUGACUCGGAGGAGGAGGAGGCCAUCGUCGUUGAACCUGAGGUACUCGAAGCGGCCGCGGUUGAAGGAGGAAUGCUGUACACCAUGACUGCGACGAACACGACGGACAACGCCGCAAGUGGUCACGCCGGUGAGCAGGCCGAUGCUGAGGCCGAUGCUGAAGCUGAAGCUGGAGUUGAAGGAGAAGAAGACAAACAACAAGAAGAAGAGGUCCCGAUCCACGAGGCGAUCAUGACCAGCAACACCUACCUCACCAUCGCCGCCAUCACGGCCGACCAGCAGGCAGCUUUUGAAGACAACGACCUCGUGCUCCACUUCCAGCCGGGCAUCGAGCCGCCCAUUCUCGGAUUCGACCCCCGCGUCGUGCAGGACGACUUUGACCCGUUCGACUUGGACUUUAGCGGUCUCAUCGACUUCAACACCAAUAUGAGUGAGUGA